AUGGAGCAAGGCCAAUCAGAGAAAAAGAACCGCACUCGUGUUGUCGAGUACCAGCCGAUGAUGACAUCGACGGCGCCAACUGGCGCAUUGGCAGUAUCGUUAGCUGAAUCGAUGCUUGCGAUGAAAGUGACGCUUGAGAAACAGACAAAAGCAACAAGAGGCAACAGACACGAAUACCGCAACGCCUUCACCAUGGACAAGCAAAUCGUUGAGUGCCUACGCAAAGAACGCAAAAUCAUACAUGUGGAUGAGUACCCCAAGAUGGGUUUGCAUUACAUCAAAAGUUUCAUGCUGGCAGCACUCAUUCGAACACGAAAGUUCCUGGACAAUGCAAACCUGCUCGCAAGAGACACAGAGUGUCUAGUGCUGGUGCUUUCAGGAGGCAGUGAUGAAUUGCAGAGACUACAACGACGCAUCAAAACGCGAAGUCAGCCAAAGCAAGCCACAAAAGUGGCUGCAGUUGACACAAUCGACAUGCCUGACCUUGUACGUUGGAUGCUCUCACCGGAUCCUUGGAAGGACGCGCCCAGAUUCACGGCGAAGCGUGUGCGAAGACACUCUGUUGCAGUGUACAAACUCAUUGAAAAGCACAUACCUGAGCCGGAAUUCCUGAUGCAACCAUGUGGACGCAUCUACUUCGUGCUCAGCGCCAUCAACUGGAGUGCUGUUUCUCCUGAGCAAGCAAGGCUGUUUGAGUCCUUCAUCUACAUCGCUGACAUUUCUGACAAGGCGAAUGACAUGAACUCAAUGGCUGCCAGAGGUCAGGCCAUCUUCGCAGCUGCGAUGACAAGUGACGUUGCACAAGGUGCGAGCGCGGAGAGGAUGUUCUACAGCGUGGAGGCGAAGAAGAUGGGUGGACAAGAAACCCCUUCAAAGGAAGACUCAAGCUUGCUUGUCAAGCGAAAUUGUCACUACCCAUCUGCAAUCCAGCGGUGGAAGGAGAACAGGGCUGCCAUAUUGAUCAUCCACUUUGAGGCACCUGACGUAAGUGCCCAAGAAGCAAAAACUUUCUUGCGUGGGUACAUUCAUAUGACCGAAUUUACGUUCCUCACUUUUCAACAACUUUGCACCAGAAUGUUGGAGGACGCGAACAAGCCCAUGCAAAAACCGGCUGGUAUGAUGCCUUCAGGGCAAGCCAAGCAAAUCGCCAAUGACAAGGCACUCACGCAAGAGUGGGUUCAUGCAAUUGACAGCGAACUCCAGGAAAUGAACCGAGACAAAAGAAUGGGCUACAUGCUUGAUUGUUUCGCACGCUGGCUGGCAAGCAGAGACGACAUUGACUUUGCUACAUGCUCGGCAGUCAGCAGACAAAUGGUGUCCCGUGCCAUUGCGCUGAUGCCUGAGGAGUCACUGCAACAAGUCAUUGAGGUGACCAUGGACACCGAAGUGUUCAAGUUGCUUGUCAAUGCAUCAAUCAAGCCCGAUGGUAGUGGAGCGAUGACACGACAGACUGCUGCGAUACUCGUGCGAGCGUUGCUGAGGCGCCAACAGUUUUAUGGUGGAAGUGAUCCACGAAUGGUGGUGCAGGGUUGGUGUGCCGCGAACUUGCCAAAACCAGCGGGAGGUCCACUCAGCGCGCCAAGACCAGCAACGGAAGUUGCACAUCAGAAGUUCGAGCCAGGUCCUCAUGAGGGUGUGCCAGAACAUUGGAUACAUGCCAUCGACGAGAUCGAGAGAAUGCCAGAAGACGUGGGUUUUCAGAUGGGGUCCCGCGCAAGCCUUGGACGUUUGCCAUUGCGUCGGCAACGUCCAGCGGGCAACCCCUGA